CCUGUCUCACAAAUAAUUGUUAUUCAUAAUAGAUCAAGACUUGAAUGAAUAAAAGAUAAUUAAUUUUACUUCAUUUGAUUCUUCUUGGGCCAGCACACAGGCGGUGGCGGCCAUCAUCAGAGCCAAGAUCGACAGUCCCUAAACACACACAGCGUUUUCUUGGGAGAAAUAAUCAAGACGACUGGAGGAGGAGGAGGCUAGUGGACGGAUGGAUUCGAUUAGACUCCGGUGUCUUAUUUAUACGUCGCAGCUACAGUGGAUUUGACCAUUGCAAAAACGCAGAUGGCGGACCAUCUACUGGCUCUUAUCGCUUCGUUAUCAUGGCCUGUCCAUGUGUUACUAGGUGUUACUGUUCCUGUCAAAUGGAGACAAAUUUGCUGUGAUGCCCAGGCCAUUUGCGCCGAAUAACAUGCUGGGACACGGAAUGACGAUACGCUACACGUUUAGCUACGUUCUCAGUCAUUUGACAUGUUCUUGGUAUACCAGACAGUUGGAUUAAUUAAAAAAUGGCGUCACUUUGCAAUUCGGUCGGUGUCCAUUUUUGGACAAUUUUGUCGUCGUUGAAUUCGAAACGUUUCCGCCUGGGUUACUUCGUCAUUACCUGUUUCCUCAUCUACUGGAUCUAUUCGGCCAUUGUUUCCAACCAGCAAGUCGUGUCAGUUUGGCUAAAUUUCGUUCAAACGAGGAAAUUCGACCCAUUGAUGGCGUCCAAUCGGAAAAUUGAUCGACGGACCUGUUGCCAGUCUCCCGAUUAUUCGAAAGACAUUUGCGGCCGACCCAAUUGCACGUCUUGUCCGUCUCCACGUGAUUUAAACCAAUUGAAGAGCGACGGGCAAAACGCCUUUUUCAUCGAAACGUCCGGCAGUGGAGCCCUGAACAUCCGCCAGGCCUUCGCCGUCGAGUCGCUGGCCUUUCACAAUCCAAAUUUGACCAUCAACGUCCUUUUCAUGGACGACGGACAUAAGAAACAAAUUAAAAAAAGCAAAGUGCUGACCGAAACGGUCGAAAAGUUAAAAUCAAAAUACGAAAAUAUUCAAUUCAUCGUUGUCGAUUUGGACGAGUUCAUGGCCGGCACGUCGAUGGACAAAUGGUUCCACUGCACAGACUGGCGGACAGGGCCGUACCACGUCGCCCAUCUCAGCGACGGCCUCCGCUUCUUGACUCUGCACAAGUAUGGCGGAUAUUAUUUCGACCUGGACAUCAUCUCUGUCCGGCCCGUCACUUAUUACCGUAAUUUUAUCACCGCCGCAUCGGCCACCAAUUUCGCCAACGGCAUCAUUCACGCAGAUUACGGUCAUCCCAUUACGCAACUGGCCGUCAACGAUUUCCCUACCAAUUACAAGAAAAACAUGUGGACGCACAACGGACCCGAUUUGGUGCUGCGGGUCAUGAAAAUCUUUUGCCAAGAAGAGAAUUUUAAUGCCAUCAACUACGUCAGUUGCCGAGGGUUUGGUGUCCUUCCGACUUCGACAUUUUCUCCCAUCCACUGGAGCAAUUGGCAAUCGUUUUUCAGUCAAAGGCCGGCCAAUGAAACUGGUGCGCCCAGUUGGAUUACCAAUCAAGUCGUCGGCGUCCACGUUUGGAACAAAUUGAGUUUCAACGAAACGGCCUACAAGAAUUCGACGCAGGAAUACGUCCUGCUAGUCAGCCACAAUUGUCCCGUCAUCUACUCCAUUGCCCCCGAAACAUUUUAAUUCGUUCAAGUGAGCUGUAAGGGCUUUAAGUCUAAAGGUCUUUACACAAAUUGAUUAUUUGCAUAGAGAGAUUUCAUUCUU